CACUUCCUACUGAUUUGUCUCAGAGAAGACAGGAGACUGUGCUGUAUCAUGUCGUCUUAAUCACGCUCUCAAUAACACAGUUUCCCCUCCCCGCCGCGCAGUAACAUGUCGUAUCCGUGGACUUCUGACCGUCGUGGGUCGCUGAAGCUGGUUCUGUUGGUCGUGGCGUGUGUGGGGUGUUUGCUAGUCCGGACCGGAGCGGAGGAGGCGGGCAGAAGUAGCAGCAGCAGUGUGUGGUACCAGGAUCUCUGCAGUUAUAAAUGGGAGGCCAUCGACCUCGACAACAAAGUGAGCUACACGUUCAAGCUCUGCGAGUCCUCACCGGCGACCGACUGCGGCCCCAGCACGGCAGUCUGCGCUCAGAACCUCACGGCCAACACCAAGCAGUCUGUCGGUGAGCUGUCCCUGCAGAGACUCUCCGACACGGUGCUCGACUUCAACCACACGGAAAAAUGUCUGGGCGGAAGCAACAACAUUCAGAGCAGCAUCAGUUUUCAGUGUGGGAAAACGAUGGGGACGCCUGAGUUUGUGGCCGUGUCUCAGUGCGUCCAUUACUUUGAGUGGAGGACGUACACCGCCUGCAAGAAAGACAAGUUCAAGCCACACAAAGAGGUUCCAUGCUACGCCUUUGACUCAGACGGUAAGAAACACGACUUGAACCCUCUGAUCAAAAUCAGUGAGGGUUAUCUGGUGGACGAUGGCAACGACAGCAUCGACUUCUACAUCAACAUCUGCCGCAGCAUAAAUUAUCCAGAGAAAUCAUGUCCAGAAGACUCUGCAGCUUGUCUGGUCACCACGAACGGCUCCUACAACAUGGGCUCUCCCUCCGGUCGUCUGGAGCUGGUGGGCAGUGACAGUCUGAGGAUACAGUACGAGCUCAGCCCCGAUUCGACCUCUCCGGACAUCUGUCAUGACGAGAAACCCGCCGUCACCAUCACAUUCACGUGUCCGUCCAGCAGACACUCGGGCGACAUUCCCCGGAUGACGGCGGGCUCUAACUGUCGUUUCGAGGUGCUGUGGGUGACAGAAUACGCCUGUCACCGGGAUUAUCUGGAGAGUCACAACUGCAGACUGACCAGCGAGCAGCACGACAUCGCCAUAGACCUGACUCCGCUCACGCUGAGCUCGUCAGAUCAUCCGUACUACGCUCACUCCGAGUCCACGGACGGCGUGGAAACCUACGUGUACUACCUGAACGUGUGUGGGCAGAUCCUGAACGACGAGUGCGGCGGUGACGCGCUGGUCUCGUCCUGUCAGGUGAAGAAGAGCGGAGACAUGAAGAAGGUGGCGGGAAGAUACCAGAACCAGACGUUACGUUAUUCAGAUGGAGACCUGAUGUUGAUUUACCCUGACGGUGACAAAUGCUCCUCAGGCUUCCAGAGAAUGACCAUCAUCAACUUUGAGUGCAACCAGACGGCAUCCAACGGUGGUCGAGGGAAUCCUGUUUUCGCAGGCGAGACGGACUGCACGUACUACUUUGUGUGGCAGACGGCGUUUGCCUGCGUCAAAGAGAAGGAGGAUCUACUGUGUCGCCUCAGAGACGGCAACAAACACUAUGACCUUUCACCCCUCACCAGAUAUCCAGGCACAGACGCCAGUGGGAACUGGGAGGCCGUCGACGCCAACUCCAUCAACCCAAACUUGCGUUUCUACCUUAACGUGUGUCACAAAGUGGUGCAGACAGGGGGCGCCACCGCCGCCUGCCCCGUGAACGCUUCAAUCUGUGCCGUAGAUGCCGCCCUCGGAGCCGUCAGCCUCGGCAGCUUCCUCUCGUCUCCUCAGAAAACCAAAGUGGGGAACGACAUCAGACUGGUCUACACAGACGGCAGCUUCUGCAAAGCCAAGACCAGGAUCCAAACCAUUCUGACCCUCAAGUGCAAACCAGGAGAUCUGGAGAGCGCUCCUGUCCUGCGGACAGUUUCGUCUGACGGCUGCGUGUACGAGCUGGAGUGGUACACGGCUGCUGCCUGUGUCCUCUCCAAAACACAAGGAGAGGACUGCAGGGUGGAGGACGCUCAGGCUGGCAUCUCCUUCGACUUGUCGCCUCUCACCAAAGACGGCGGCUUCUACAACGUCACCAGCGGGAACUACGAAUACUACGUCAACGUGUGCGGCGCCGUCAAAGCCGCCAACUGUCCCGUGACAGCCGGAGCGUGUCAGGUUGAAAAGAGUUCUUGGAAUCUCGGGGAAGCGAACGCUCGCCUGUCGUACUACGACGGCCUGAUCCAGCUGAGCUACGCCAACGGCUCGCAGUACAACAACAAAGAGCACACGCGCAGAUCCACGCUCAUCUCCUUCCUCUGUGACCCAGAAGCCGGAGCUGGGAGUCCAGAAUACCAGGUUGAAGACAAGUACACAUAUAACUUCCGCUGGUACACAUCCUACGCUUGUCCUGAGAGGCCUCACGAGUGUCUGGUGACCGAUCCGCUGACGCUGGAGCAGUACGACUUGUCCAGUCUGUCUCGCUCCGUCACCAACAGCAACUGGCAGUCCAUGGAUCUGUCGGACACCACCAACCUGAGGAAGUACUACAUCAACGUGUGCCGGCCGAUCAGCGCUGUGCCGGGCUGCGACCGCCACGCCUCCGUCUGCCAGAUGAAGUACAUCCCAGAGCAGGGAAUUCUGAAGGAAGUGGUCGCCGUGAGUAACAUGGGAGUUUCCAAGCGCGGUCCCGUCGUGGAGGGACGAGACAAACUGCUGCUGGAGUUCACCGACGGCUCCGUCUGCGAGUCUGAGGGACUGAAGCUCACGUACAUGACACGCAUCCACCUGGUCUGCUCCAGAGGAACUGUGUCUGCAGGCCCGCGCUUCCUCAUGUACCAGAACUGUACUGCCAACUUCAUAUGGGAGACCCGAGCGGCCUGUGCCAUCAAAACCACCAAGAACAACAGCUGUGCCGUCGUCGAUCCCAACACUGGUUUUGAAUUUAACCUCCUGCCUUUGGCGACAGAGUCUGGAUACAAGGAGAGCGCUAAUGGAAAAGACUUUCUGGUGAACAUCUGCUCGGACAUGGCGGGGUGUGGUCAGGGCGUGGCUGGCUGUGAGCUGUAUGACGGACACGUCUCCAGUCCAGUGGGCGUAGAGAGGACGCUGCAGUAUUCCACCGACGGUUUCCUCCAACUGACGUACAAGGGACCGCUGGACGACCCCACAGCGACUCGCGACACCUUCACCAUAAACUUUGUGUGCGAUCCCAACUCUCACGCGGGUUCGCUGAAAAUGCUGCGCGAGGAGCUGAGCUCUCUGCCCAACCACGUGGUCCACGACGUCCUCUUCGAGUUCUCCACCGCUCUGGCCUGCGUCCCCUCCCCCGUCGACUGCCAGAUCACCGAUACUCACGGGAACGAAUACGACCUGAGUCACCUGGCCCGGGACGAAGGAGACAGUCCCUGGAUCCCCAUAGAUACUGACUCAGUCAAGUCGCGCAGGUUUUACAUCAACGUGUGCAAACCUCUGCCUCCAGUCAAAGGAUGUCCAGUCGGUCUCCUGGGAUCCUGCGGCGUCAUCGACGGCAAGAGUUACAACCUGGGUUACGUGCAGUCGGCGCCGAAGGUGGCGGAGGGCGGCGCCAUCAGCAUCACGUACCAGAACGGGGACAUGUGCGGCCCCUCGGCGCGCUACUCCACGCGCAUCAUCCUGCAGUGUGACGACAAUCCAGGCUCCCCCAUGUUCGAUCGCAAAGACGGCUGCGAGUACGUCUUCAUCUGGAGGACGUCUGAAGCCUGUCCCAUCAGGAAGUCUCAGGGUUCAGAGUGUCGCGUCCGUGACCCGAAGACCGGCUACGAGUUCAACCUGAGCUCCCUGAAGGGACAGGAUUACCCGGUGAGGAGCGGCAAGUAUAUCUACCACCUGUCUGUCUGCGAGGGGCUGCGGAGAGGCGUGUGCACACACGCCGUCACGGGCAUCGAAACCGUCUCGUCCUGCCAGGUGGACGGACAGCAACACAAGAUUGCAGGAAUGGCGAACCAGAUCCUGAGCUACGUGGGAGACCAGCUCAUCCUGAACUACACCAGCGGAGAGGCGUGUCACAAGGUUUACCAGAGGUCGACAGAGGUUCACUUCUCCUGCCACCCGGACAGGAAUCCUGGAGUGCCAGAGUUCAUCAAAGAGACUCCAGACUGCACCUACCUGUUCAGCUGGCCCACCGCUCUGGCCUGUGUCCCGGUCAAAACCACCAGCUGCUCCUACAAUGACGGUCAGGGCCUCUCGUACGACCUCUCGCCUCUGGCUCUGGACUCCCGCAACUGGGAGGCGGAGAUGCCGACCGCGAGCACGGACAAACGCUUCUACAUCAACGUCUGCCGGUCACUGGUGCAGCAGGAAGGUUCGUGGAAGUGUCCGUCCAAUGCGGCGUCCUGUGGGAAGGUGGGAGACGAGUACCUGAGCCUGGGACAGGUGGAGUCCGGUCCCACGUGGGACGGAAGCGUCCUGAAGCUGCAGUACACCAGCGGACAGACGUGUCCCGACGGACACCGAAACCGCAGCAGCAUCAUACGCUUCAAGUGUGACAGAGACAAAGUGGACUCCCGGCCCACUCUGAUCUCCGCUCUGGAGGACUGCGUCUACACCUUCCUGUGGUUAACAGCUGCUGCUUGUCCUCUGAACAGCACGCAGCACGACGACUGCAGGGUCACCAACCCAGCGACAGGUCACCUGUUUGACCUGAACUCACUGACAAAAGAAGGCGGUUACACCGUCUAUGACCACCAGGAACACAGGAAGAUGUUCCGCAUUAACAUCUGUGGGAACAUUGUCAACGCUGGAUGUAGCCCAGAUACAGCCGUGUGUAUUAAGGAGACGAACACAGCCGUGAGCGGAGGUCAGGUGAGCAGGAAACUCUCGUACAAGGAUCACGUGGUGGAGCUGACGUAUGAAGGAGGAGGUCCCUGUGCGGCAAAUCCAAACCUGAAACACAGCACAGUCAUUCACUUCAUCUGCAGACCACCUAACAUGGGCUCAGCUCCUCAGCAACCGGUCCUCAUCGACUCUGACGCACAAACCUGCACACACUUCUUCUCUUUCCACACACCACUGCUCUGUGAACAGCCUGUGAAGUGUUCAAUCCAGAACGGCUCUUCUCUCAUCGACCUGACUCCUCUGAUUCACAUCAACGGUUACUACACAGCAACAGAUGAGGCCGUGGACCAAAGUGACGGAUCCUCAGACUUCUACAUCAACGUCUGUCUUCCUCUGAACCCCAUCCCGGGGGUCAGCUGCCCCGCCGGGUCUGCCGUCUGCAUGGAUCCUGAUAACGGACCACCAGUGGACAUUGGACGAACAACCAACGGUCCAGAGAUCGACAGCGCAACGGGGGAAGUGUCCAUCUCCUACAACAGCACCACCAAGUGUAAGGAGGACCCAACUCAGAACUACACGUCCACCAUCAUCUUCACCUGUCAGAGAGGCCUUGAGCUGGGUUCUCCACGAAUGGUGAAGCUGGAGUGCGUGUAUUUGUUUGAGUGGGCGACGCCUGUGGUCUGUCCCGAUGCCACGCACACCAGCGGCUGCCAGCUCACCGACACCCAGCUGCAGUUCACCUUUGACCUCUCAGCUCUCUCCGGUGAAGUGCAGGUCCCAGCAGCGUCAGGCACGUACCACAUCAACGUCUGUGGGUCGGUGGCGGAGCCGGCGUGUAAGAAGGGCGCCGUUUGCCGCGUGUCGGAUUCUGGAUCCGACAAGUCCGCUAUGUCGUACGGCAUCAGCAAAGCCAUGACCAUGGACUUUAAGCAUGAAGAGCAGGCCGUGUUGAUGCAGUAUGGCGGAGGAGACCCCUGUCCACCAGUGACGACUGAAGGCGACGUGUGUGUGUUCCCCUUUAUCCUCAUGAAGAGGACGUACACCGAGUGCACCACAGACGAAAGGACAGACGGCAGGAAGUGGUGCGCCACCACCGGCAACUACGACACGGACAGGAAGUGGGGAUUCUGCAACGCAGUCUCGGGUAAACAUCAGUCCUCCAUCUUGUUCACCUGUGACCACGCUGUGGGCCACGGCGCGCCGCAGCUGCUCUCUGAGACAGCGGGCUGUUCGGCCACGUUCCAGUGGAAGACAAGCAGCGUUUGUCCGCCCAAGAAGAUGGAGUGCAAGCUGGUCAGCCAGCAUCAGACCUUUGACCUCCGGACCCUGUCCUCCCUCACCGCGCCGUGGAAGUUCAGCCACAAAGGAGACUCGUAUUUUAUCAACCUAUGUCAGCAAAUCAACCAUGGUUUGCCAGGUUGUCCUGAAGGAGCCACCGUGUGUCGACGCCUGGCUUCAGGUGUGACUCAGACUCUGGGCCGAGUUUACACUCAGAAAAUGAGCAUCAGUGAUGGAAACAUCUCCGUCAGUUAUUCAGCAGGAGACGACGUGUGUGGGAACGGCCUGAAGGCGAAGACGCUGAUCCAGCUGAGCUGUGGCUCCACUGUUGGACAUCCAGUUCUCAUCAGAGUGGACGAGGCGUCGUGUGAGUUUGUGAUUGGCUGGGAGACGCGGUUGUCUUGUGCGGUGAAGCAGCGUGAGGUGGAGAUGGUCAACGGGACGAUACAAGUUCCAGACACAGGGACCAUACUGGACCUCGGAGCUCUGUAUUUCAGUCACCACCAGGCGUCUGGAGACAUCCGUCCCAAUGGCGACCGCUACAUCUACCACAUCCAGUUGUCGGGCAUCACCAACAACUCCCUGUCCAGCUGUGUGGGCGCCAACAUCUGCCAGGUGAAGCUCAACGCCUCCUACAGGCGCAGGAUCGGCUCGUCCAGCAAAGCCAAGUACUACAUCAAAGGAGGAAACCUGGACGUGAUGGUUCCCUCGGAGUCGACAUGCGGCCGCGAGAAAAACAAAAUGGUGUCGUCCACCAUCAUGUUCCACUGUAACCCGUCGGCAGGCGUCGGCAUCCCGGAGUUCAUGCUGGAAACGGACGAAUGCCAGUAUCUGUUUGUGUGGCACACGGACGCCGUGUGUGGACUGACUAAAGUCGAUGCAAAGUCGUACGACGACGACGGCAGCGAUGUUCCGGUGACUUCUCAGCAGAGUCAGGCGCUCGGCAUCGUGCUGAGCCUCCUGUUGUUGGGUCUGUCUGUUUGUCUGCUGGGACUUCUGCUGCACAAGAGAGAGAGAAGGGAGCUGGUGAUUCAGAAAGUGUCCGGCUGCUGCAGACGAGGAAACCAAGUCUCCUAUAAAUAUUCCAAGGUCAACAUGGACGAAGAAGGCGGCGAGGAGGAGAUGGAGUGGCUGAUGGAGGAGCUUGAGGCCCCGCCUGCGUCAUCCUCGUCGUCCCACCGCGGCAGAGGCAAGGGCCGGAGUCACCACGGCAACGGCCACAUCACGACCAAGCCUGUGAACGCGGACGGCCUGCGCUCGUUCACGCUGGACGACCAGGAGGACGACAGCGAGGACGAGGUGCUGAGCGUCCCCGGCGUGCAGGUGGUGAAGUCGUCCGGGCUGUCGAGGCAGUCUGCGGCUCAGCGCAGCGUCUUUCUACAGGAGGAGAGCGACGAAGACCUGGUCGGCCUCCUGGACGAGUCAGACCGGAAGAGGAGGAGCGGCAAGCCGCGCCCCUCGGGCGGCAAACACGGUAACAGCGCGGUGACCGACAGGAAACGGGACGAGGACGACAGUGACGAGGACCUCCUCAGGGUGUGAUGUCACUUCCUCGCUUCGCUUCCUGUGUACUCGCUCUCUGAACUCUUCUCUCUCUCUCAGUGAAUGUCUCCACCGUCACGACCACCAAUCAGAAACCAUUUUUUUGUUGACUCCACCUACUCAGACUCUGCCCCGCCCACUGCCCACAGACGGCAACUCUGUGUUAGCACACGGUAUCUUAUUUAUUAUCGACCACCGAUUAUUUAAAGUGUUCUUCAUGCCGAAAGUGAAAGUAUGAUCCACGUCAGUCUCGCUAACGUUUACCAACACGCGAACAGAAGAAGAACCCCAGAGGCACAAAAACGUGUUGAAGUGUUUUAAAACGAAAGCUGUGCCAUUUGCUUUAGCACUUUACUGUAGCAUAAAUGAACUGACAUCGAUUAUUUAUUUUUGUUUUCUUUUCAACAUUUACGUUCAGAGAAAAAAAAAAAACAACUUCUGGGGUUUGGUCUUCAGCAGCAAACGGUACUUUUGUAGGUGUUGUUGUUUCUUUAAAGAAAAAAAAAAGGGAAAAUGAAGACACUUUUUUUCUCGUUGUUUACAGUUGCUAUGAUUCGAAAGAAAAAAAAAGCAGACGAUCUCUCUUUCUUUUCCUCUCGGUAAAGAAAGCGCGCGAUGCCUUCCCGACGAUGACUUCACUCUGCGUUGUUUUCUCUCUCUCGUUUGGAGCAGAGACGUUUGUACAUAGACGAUAUAUAAACUGUUCUAAAACGUGGACGUUUUCUUCUUCUUUUUUUUUUGGGUUCUUUAUGUCGUGAAAAUGUUAUUUCCGCUAAUUAUUUAAAUGUCUGUCUGAGCUGAUUACGUGUACGUAGAUCUCUGUUCUGUGUGGAAAUAGAGACGGCCUUAAGUGUGAAUGGACGGUCGACGACGACUCGCCGCUGAAAGUGAAACUUGCGAUGUUUUUUGAAACUCCCGCUAAAGCCAUAUUUCUUCAAAGAAAGUUGGGAUUUCUUCUUUUUUGUUCUUGCACACUCUCGUACGUCACGUGGCGUUACGUUACGGGGCUCGGUUCCGAUUUGUUCAGGUCUGUGAUGGUUGAACGUCGUCGUCGCCUUUUUGUCAAAAAGUGAGAUUUUAACUCGUUAAAAGCCAAGAGUUGAAAUCCUUUUUUUGUUUACUUCUUAGCCAAAUGCAUGUGAUGAUAAGACAACCUCAAAUAUAUCAAAGAAACAUUGAGUUGACGUCGAUUUAACACAUUUAGUCAUAAAUAAGCAGUGUUGACCCAGGAUUUGUUGAUCCAGGUGAAUCCAAAAACUGGUGAAUUUACACACUUUUACAGACUUUUAUUCCUCACAGUUUAGAAUCAGUCCAUCGUCUUUUAAUGAGAAUACUAGUUAUUUGCAAUUCUGUUUUUCCAGAUUACAAAAUGUCAUAAUCCCAAAAACACUGAAAAAACAACUUCAAUAAUCAAUAAAAUAACUAUAAAUACAAUUUAAUCUGCUGUGCUAAUCAGUUAAUCUGUCAUUUACAAGCCGACAUACCCAAAUAUUUUCAUGAUUCAGGUACAGUUGAAGUCUCCUUAAAAACGUUACUGAAUUCAUCUUUAAUUUUGUUUAUUCAAACUAAAGUUGCCAGUUAAAUGCUGCUAAACUGCUAAUCUGAAUUAAGGGUUUUAUUUUGUAUCAUAAUCGAGUUGAAGUUGAAAAAAAUAUGUGCAUUUUUCACGAUUUUGACAUUUUCCAUCCUACAGUUAAUUGAAAAAAGGUAACCUUUAGUAAAGAAAAAUCAUUGGUUUUGGUCCAGAUUAUCAUUCCCUCCCUAAAGUGUUUUAAGGCAGUGUUUUCUAUACGGGGACCUACUUUUUAAAAGGAUUAAUCACAAUAUAAAUCUCUUAACACGUGUGCUUGUUAACAUAGCAGCUAAUUUACAGCCGUGUCUGUAGAUUUUAUGUUAUUUACAGCGUUCUGUAUACACACCCAAAAACGUUGGGGGAAAAAAAUUUUGGUGACCCACAAAAAUUUCCUGUGACCCAUCUGUGGUUCCCAACCAGACUUUGGGAACCACUUCUCUAAAGAAUGUGUUGUUAAAAAACAGAAGAUUCAGAAAUGAAUCUCUUAAAUAUGUUUAUAGUGAAUGUAAAAACCAUGGAUUAAACCACAUUUUUGUCCAUCGGAAUUCCCCCUUUAUGAGCUUCAACAGUAUUGAAUCCACACAAACUACAGUUAUUAACAGACGUGUGAUGUCAUCACUAAAGUCCGUUCAGGGUAUUUCUAAAGCUUUUUACGCCAAUGUAAAAAAAGAAAAAGAAAAAAAGAAAUCGCAUUUGCGUUGUUAAAAACAUCAGUAUUUUAUAUAUGUGAGAUGUUUUAGAUUAGGACGUGCCGUUAAAACGAUACGCAAAAAAAACCCGCCACAGUUUUAUCGUCACAAACUAACAUCGCUGACGGCUACGUCGCACUUAUGAUGUCAUGGUAAUGGACGACGUUCGAGGACGAGGAAACACACAGGUAAAGUUUUCCAAAGAACAUGAAAUUUACAGAACCUGCAAACUGCAAAUUCACGGCAAUGAGACGUCGAUGAUAUCGUCUGUGACGUGAAGCAAAGCGUGACAUUUUAGCUCGUCGCUCGCAGACUUGAUGGACAUUUUUUGGGUGUUUUCAAACAUUUAUUUCGGUAAUGAUUGCGAUAAAUCUCAGAUACUGAGAGAAAGUAGAAGAGACCAGUCUAGUUUUGGUUUUUUAACGUUACAUUACACUACAGUAACAUGGUAAUAGUUUGUUAUAAAUAUAAUAACGUAAUAUUUGGCUAAUAGCACUUUAUUUCCUCGUGCAAAAUCUAGCUAUAUGAUAACAACAUUAAUCUUACUGUAAUGCCAUAUGAUUUCCAGAGUAACAACAGGCAAUAGCUAGGAAACAAUGACGUUAAAUAGUGUGUGAUAAGGUGGUAAUUACACAUUAAUAACGUGUUAUUUCCACAUCUUGGUCAUAACACUGUAAAAAGUGCAAAAACAAGGACACAGUACUACUGUAAUAACAUGUUAUUACCAAAAGUUAUACGCAGGAAACAACGUAACACUGUUCUUAAUAGGUAAUAAAGCUGUAACUACACAGUAAUAACAUCUUAUUUCCUCAAGUAACAUCUUGGUAACAGCAGUGUAAUUAGUGUGGCAACAAGAACAUAACAUUACAGGAAUAACACGUUAUUUCCAAAGUAAUAUGCUGGUAAUAACUGUUAAUUUUAUUGUAAUAAGGUGAUCAUAACAAUAAUAAUCAGAUGUUAUUUCCAAAGAUAUAGGCUGUUAACAACAUAAGUGUAAAUAGUAUGUAAUAAGGCCGUAAUUACACUGUAAUAUGUUAUUACCAAAGUUAACGUCGGGUAAUAUGUCGGUAAUAACAAUUGUAUGGUAAUACUACUGUAAUAAUGGGACAUUUCCAAAGUAAUAUGCAGUUAACAGCUUGGUAAUAACUAUUAAUUAUAUGUAAUAAGACGUUAAUAACAGUAUAGAUGGUCUGUAACACCUUGGCUUUGAAAUUCCCAUUCUUAUUAACGUUAUUACUUUGAUUUCUAUGGAAAUUAAUGGUUUUAUUCCACUAUUACACAUUUUUUUUCACCAUUCUUUCACCAUAUUGUUACUGCAGUGUAAUGUAAAACAUUAGCAAAGAAACUUUUCAAACGUCUCAUACGACGUCUCAACCUUUUCCGUCAUGUAUCCAUCGGAGAUUGGAUUGUAUUGCGAUGUUAUUGAACGGUCGCACAGCCUCGAGGUUGAAGCUGGGUUUUUUUGGGGGUUUUCUCGCACUUUGAGACUCGUCUUGUCUCUGUCCCCAAGGAGACGUCGUAGCACUUCCUGACAAACGGAAAGGUACUGUGUGAAGAAGUCAAAGUUUGAAACGUCUGUUUUGUCCUGCUGCUGUGUUUGGCACCAAAGUCUGCGCGGCUCGGCUGCAGCUGUACCACAUGCUGACCCCCAACCUCCCCAAGACCGCACGAAUGGACCCUCGAGCAGAGAGCUGCUUCCUGUUUUGUUUUGUUUUUGUUUAAAUGUGAAACUCGGGGUCUGAGAGCGAGAUGUAGAAUCAAACGGGACAAAACAUUUUCUGUGAAGAUUGGGGGUGAUUAUGGGAGAUCAUUAUUAUGUUUUUGGUUUGUGUAAGUUAUGCUGUCUCGUAUGUUUCUUUUUCUUUCAGCUCUUUGCCAGUUUUCCUAUUUAAAAGAAAACAUUGAUGUAAAAAAAAAAAUGCAUUAUUUGAAUAAAUGAGAGAUCUGCUGUUUA